GGAGCGAGCGAGCGAGCGGCGGCUAUAAACCUUUGCCUCCACUCGCCCCCACUCGCGAAGACCUACUCAAACUUCUCCUUCCCUUCCUCACCGGCGGUUAAUCCGGCACCGUUUGUUCGUGCACUCUCUCCUCCGUCCGUUGCGUGCGCGUCGGGCAUCUGGUUCGGGAAUCGGCGGCGGGGGGCGGCGGCGGUGGCGUGAAUCGAUAAAAGCGAGCGCUCCUUAUUUUUGGGCGGCGGUGGAGGAGGAUCGCGCUGGUCUUGGGGUCGGGGAAUCCAUUUUUAGGGCGGUGCCGGCGCGAUCGGUCUGGGAUCGGGAGCUUUUUCUUGGGGCGAGAGGUCAGAACAGCGGCGACGCGCAACCGACCGACCCACCGACCCAACCCAACCAACCAACCCCCCGUGGCCCGCGUCGAGGAGGGAGAAGAAGGGAUAGGAGACGGCGACGGUGGUCGCGAGGAUGGCCGGGAGCAUGCAGGCGGCGGAGGCCGCGGGGCGGCUCAGCGCGCUGCUCUCGCUGCUCGCGCUGCGCCGGCUCCUCGCCGUGCUCCAGCCGCUGGCCCUGCUCCUUCUCCUGCCCUUCCGCUGGCGCGCGCGGCCGGGGGCCGUCGCCGCCGCCGUGGCGUCCGACGCCGCGCCCUCCUCCGCGUCGGGGCCCAGCGGGAAGAAGGGGAAGGCGUCGGUGGUGCUGCGGGUGCCGGCGGGGUCGCCCAUGGUCGCCGCGCGUAGGCAGGCGUCGGCGCGGAGGGAGAUAGCCAUCCGCCGGGCGCGGGAGGGCGGCAGGGAGUACGACCUCAUCCCCACGCCCCGCGGCGAGACGCUCUUCACGCAGUGCUGGUGGCCGUACCCGCCCUCCUCCACCAUUAAACCAAGGGCGCUAGUUGUUGUCAUGCACGGGCUAAACGAGCACAGUGGGAGAUAUGAUCAUUUAGCGAGGCGGUUGAAUGAGAUCGGCAUCAAGGUGUACGGGAUGGACUGGACCGGCCAUGGUGGAAGCGAUGGUCUUCAUGGAUAUGUGCAGUCUCUUGAUCAUGCUGUCAAUGAUUUGAAAAUGUACCUCAAAAAAGUCUCAGCUGAGAACCCUGGUCUUCCAUGCUUCUGCUUUGGCCAUUCCACUGGCGGAGGCAUCAUUCUGAAGGCUGCACUUGAUCCAGAGGUAGAAACUCUUAUUAGUGGUGUUGUCCUGACAUCACCAGCUGUUCGUGUACAGCCUGCCCACCCAAUCAUAAGGGUGAUGGCGCCAGUUUUCGCCCUCCUCGCGCCGAGGUACCAGUUCACGGCGUCCCACAGGAACGGGCCACCGGUGUCGCGCGACCCGGAGGCCCUGCGCGCCAAAUACACGGACCAGCUCGUGUUCACGGGCGCCAUCCGCGUGAGGACGGGCUACGAGAUCCUCCGCCUGACGUCCUACCUGCAGCAGCACCUGCACCGGAUCACCGUCCCCAUCCUGGUGCUGCACGGCGCCGACGACAUGGUGACCGACCCCGACGGCUCGCGGGCGCUCUACGAGCAGUCCUCGUCCGCGGACAAGUCCCUCAAUCUCUACCCCGGCCUGCUGCACGACCUCCUGAUCGAGCCCGAGAAGGACAAGAUCAUGGACGACAUCGUGGCGUGGCUGAGCCUCAGGGUCUGACGCUGCCGCCGGCAUCGCUAGCUGGCCGGCCGUAGGACACAGCUCGAUCGCCAGCCGCAGAGCGCGGAGGAGGACCAGCAGGCGAGCAAGCCGCCUCGCCUCGCCUCCGGACGGUGAUGACGCGGCGUGAUCAGCGGCUGCGGAGCAGGGAGAGCGGGAGACAGUGAGAUCUUCUUCGCCCCCUGCCGCGGUGGCGAUGCGAGAGCAGGACAGGAAUACCCGAGUACCUACGGUGAUGGCUUUUACUCGCGGCCUCCCGGUGUGUUGCAUCCCGAGAUUUUUGGUCAGGGAUACGUAUGGAUCUGUAAAGAUUGUUCGUUUCGCCCUGUGUGGCCGCACGAGUGGUGCCCGAUACUACUAUAAUUUAGACGCCUAUUCCCCUCGGGGUGAUGCAUCCAUGCAAUUCCAAAUCAGAGUUGCAACA